GUUCUUCGAGGGUCUAUGGAGGAUGCAAACUGCUCUGUACCCACAGCUACAACAUCACAUGAACAGCCACUCUGUGCUGCUCUCUACAACUCCAACUUCAAACAGGUGGUAAGUGGGUGCCAUGCGGGUGUGGUCAGUGUGUGGGACAUCCUGACGGGGGAGAAGGUAAUGCAGUUCCAAACGACCCCUGAGCGACCAGUCGAGGUCACUGCCAUGGCAUUCGACGGGCCCAAACGCCGCCUCAUCACCGGGUCUAAAGACGGCACCCUGCGUCUCUGGAACUUCAACAACGGGGCUCUCCUUUCUGAACUGCCCCUGGUGGACAGCAAUGAGGUUACAGGGAUUCUGUACAUCAACGAGAGGAUUUAUGUUUCAGGCUGGAGCAAACGGGUCAUGUGGUAUCUGGACAAUAAGGAGGAGGAUAAGAUGGAGCACCGCGUGUGGAACCAGUACCACUCAGACGACAUCUAUUCCAUGCACGCCCACGGCAGCAAGAUGCUGGUGACCGCCUCCUACAGCGGUGACAUCAUUGUCUGGAACAUAGAUUCAGGGCAAGCCUUCUGCCGUUUCAACGCUAGCGAGAGCCCACUGCCCCUCUUACCCAUACGGGUGAUAGAGAAACCAGGCCAGGUGGUGACUGUUAUGAGUCCAGACGGUUUGGGGAAGGAGGAUGAGGACGAUGUGUGGCUCCGCUCUAUGGUGGAAUUUCUUGAGACCGUGAGCCAGACUCUCAACCCUCAGGCUCGUCGUCCCAGCUGUGCCAACCCUGCCCACACCAACGUCAUACAGCAAAUCAAUCAAGCCCGGCGUUGCAGUAUUCCAGAGCCCCCUCCUGAUCCUGUGAUUCAGGGGCCUCGCGCCAACAUGCGGCAUGGCCGGAGGGGUAGCAUCUCGGCUCCAGUCUCUGCUUUACUGCCCCAGCCGGUCACAGUCUCCAUGGGUAGGCGGACGACACUGCUGCCCAGACGCAAGAGCAAAACCAUCAACCUAGACGAGCUGGAGAAGCCUCGGUUUGCAGUGGAGAAAGUGUUGUUUCUGGCCACCCGUGAGCGUAGCCCUGACACGGCCAUCCUCCUGACCAGCUCAGCAGACGGCUACAUCUACGCCUGGUCUAUCGGCCGUAACGGAGGGCUGCUGGGGAAAUUCCGUGCCGUGCAUAGCAAGGGGCCAGUCAUCUGUGCCAUGUCCACUGACAGACAGGAACAGAUACUGCUCACUGGAGACAGCAACGGAUACAUCACGCUGUGGGACAUUGAGAAGUAUUGUUACCGUAUGAGGGGUGGGGUGGCGGAGGAGGAAUCAUCCAAUGAGGACUCUCUGAGGUUGCCUCAACUCAUACCUCCCUACUGCAAAGUGGAGGGACCACGGAGGCUGGUGGUGGAGCAGGACAAAGAGAUUUUGCAGGGACGGAGUGUGUCCCUGAUCCCCCCUAGGCCCCUGAGUUCCUGGCGCUGCCACCUGAAAGGGAUCGUUCAUCUUGAGUUUGUGGAGCGUUUCCGCCUCAUCGUCACAGCCAGCCUGGACUGUAACGUACGUCUGUGGACCACCGCUGGCAGAUACAUCGGUACAUUUGGGCAGGGCCUGUGGCGGGUGGGCGACCCCAAGGCCCUCCACACAGAGCUCCCAGUGGACCUGAAGAGGAUGGGGUCCUGUCAGACACUUAAAGUCCUUAAUGAGGGGAAGUACCCGCACUGGAGCUGUGCCAAACGCAUCCUGGAGGGCCUGACUGCACAGAAGAGUCAGCAGUCGACAAAGUUUGGUGGGGUCACAACGCAGCUGAGGGAACUGGUUCCUACCGACCCACGGAUCGUCAUGUACACCGACGAGCAGAUUGAGAACACAUGGAGACUGUGGCAGGAGAAGGGAAGGCAGACCAGCAGCAUUUUAGGACGAGCAUACAAACAGAAAGUGAGACAUCAGCUUCCGUCCUGUACCCCUGACCUCCAGACAACCUUCAGCAGUCAAGAGCAGUUGAGGGUGUAUAAGGCCUUGCCCUACAGUGUUCUGCGGCCCGUCACCCUGCCCCCUGUCCCAGAGCUUCUGAAGGACCAUCAACACAGGUUAAAUGAGGGCACAGACACUGGCGCCAAGCAGAAGAGGAGCACUAAGCGCCGGCCCCACUCACACACACGCUACCUGGCUGCUCCUCCAUGACCAGCAACUCCCAGGUGCUAAUAUGACCCUCGCUGAUUACACUCAGAAAUAAAAAUGAGUCUGGCAAGGCACUAUUUCAUGUGUUUGGUGUAGUUGUUUUAGACGGAUCAGGUCGAGACAGUAAUACAGGACACGUGUAACGCUUUUUCUCAUAUGUGAUGAAAUGGUGAAGAGCGCAUUGAUUUUUUAUUUAUUGCACGUUUAGAGGAUAUCAAAAAAAUAUACAUUUUCUCAAAAAAUGUGGAGAGUUUGAGGGAAAAAGUAAUAUGUACAAGCCAUGUGUGUCUAAGAGUUCUCCCGGGGUUUAGGUCUCCUCUCCAUCUGAGAGAGAGUUGGAGUUUGGUUAUCAGGUUUCAUGUCCAGCUUUGACAGGCCUGGGACCUCCUCUCCUGCUUGUCCAGCUGGGUCACUUCGUCGAAUGAGAGGGUUGCAUCGGUGUUUGCUGAGGACCCACCAGUGGUACUUAAAGAAAUGCCAAAAGGUCAGCAGCAGAACGUACCGAUUGUAAAAUAUGAAUUGAAUCCCCAAAGCAGUUUCCCCGCUGGGAUCCUGAAGAUUCUUCAAACCACUCUAGAAAUUCUGAUCCCCCUCUUGCAGUCAUAUGAAUCAAACCGACUGUACAGACUCCAUUCCACGUGGAGAAUAUUAUUGCCUUUCGUGAAGCUGAGACUUAUUGAAAUCUGAAAAUAUAUACUUUUGUCUACUACAGCAAUGUAUCUGAGUCAACUUUUUUCCUGUGAAGGGGAAGAGAAAUAAGAGGGUGAGGUUAGAAACAACAGGACAAAUAUAUAGAGCGCUCCCCCAUUGAAGAAUUUAAGUAUUGUUGUUGAUUUGCUGUCUUCUUU